AUGGAUAGUCUAUCCAAUGUAAUACUAAAGACGAUUGUUGAUUAUGUACACUACGAUAUUGACUUGAUGUGUUUGGCCAUGACAUCCAAACGUCUGUACAACUACGUUGGAAAGUCAUCCUUCGCCCCAUUGCCACCUCCACCUCGAUCAACUGCUCAUCCUCCUCCACCAACAUCUACAUCGUCAACAACAUCAACAUCAACAUCGUCAUCUCCUACAUCUUCAUCACCUACUCUAGUUGGCAUAGCUUCAACAUACACAUUAGACCCAUCUGAGAAGAAUAAGGAUGUUGAUGACACAUUGUUGACAACGAUAACAUUGGUAGAUUGGCCGUCGGAUGACUCGGGUGCAUCACUCCCAUCGUCCAUCACUCAUUUGAAGUUUGGAAGUUACUUCAAUCAACAGAUCAUGCCCGGUGCGCUCCCAGAGCACCUGACAGAGCUCACCUUUGGGCGUCUAUUCAAUCAACCAAUUGGAUUGGACGUCCUGCCUCAAUCGCUCACCAGCCUCACGUUUGGCGCAGCGUUCAAUCAACAGCUCAUUCCAGGAUGCUUGCCCCCUUCAAUCACAAGCCUGGUCUUUGAUCAUAACUUUGAUCAACCAUUCGGGUUGGACACACUGCCGCCCGGACUCACCAGUCUGAAGCUGGGCGAACGAUUCGAGCAGGUCAUCCAGCCCGAGGCAUUCCCAUCAUCCCUCACCAAUCUGACCACGAGCUGCGACCGCGCCCUCCCACUCACUCUGACGAACUUGGUCUACUGUGAGAGCUAUAACAAGUUCACGACUCAACUGCGAACAUACACAACUAUACGAAGCUUGACCUUUGGUUGGUACUUCAAUCAGCCCAUCCACUCUCACUCUCUGCCACGUCUACUCCAAACUCUCAUCUUGGGAGCGUCAUUUGACCAUGUCAUCGUGCCCAAUACCCUGCCACCAACCCUACUCGAGCUGUUCUUUGGCCACAACUUCAAUCGACAUCUACUCCCGGACUCUUUGCCACCCUCACUCACACGACUCUGCUUUGGAAACAUGUACAACCGCGAGCUCACACAAGGAGUCCUGCCGCUGGGGCUCAAGCACUUGAAGUUUGGGGAUCGUUACAAUCACUACCUAUUCAGCGACACCUUCCCGCCUGGCCUCGUCACACUCACCUUUGGCCGCGACUUUAACCAGUUCGUCCCAGUCGGGCUUCCUGAGUCCCUCACCAAACUAACCUUUGGCGACUCUUACAACACCUUGUUGCUGCCGGGAACCCUCCCCUCGUCCAUUGUCGAGCUGACUUUUGGUGAAUACUACAACAGGGAGCUGAGCGAGGGUACACUCGGCAAUGCGCUCACUAUCCUCACAUUUGGCACAUACUUCAAUCAGCCACUGCCCGCCAACACCCUCCCCUCCUCUCUCACUGAGCUCACGCUGGGCCUAAGCUUUGACCAGCCGCCCAAGAACGUGGUCCUCCCGCCCAACCUUCAGACCCUUGUCGCUCACGACUAUAAAGGACGAGUGAUACUCGAUCUUCCCGACAAGCUAAUGAAGCUGGUGAUCAUCAGCGGCAUACCAUUCUCGCGGCGAUACUUUGAGAAGCUGUCGCAGUAUCAUUCCAACAUCAAGACCUACCGUAUCUACUGCCAGUGUCUGUCGGCGCCCUUCAACGGCGAGCUUCGAUUCAUUGACGACAAACGAAAGGUUGCUGCAUGUACCUGGCGCUCCAGGACUGAUCCCACCGUCUAUUCAAUCAUGCGACUCAAGCGUCGUCACAACCAACGUCGUGGCAAGAUGCUCGAGAAUGUAUUAACCAAACUUGGCUUUGUCCAAUCAUCAUCGUCAUCAACA